AACCACCAGCACUUGCACUCGGGAGAGAGACCGUUCAGCUGCGGCCAGUGCGGGAAAAGCUUCAUCUCAGCGAAGCACCUGAAGAUCCACCAGAAAAUUCACCAGAAGCUUUUCUUGUGCUCUUUCUGUGGAAAGAUGUUCUCGCAGCUGGGCUACCUGAAAGAGCACCAGAAAAUACACAGCGGCGAGAAAGCUCACAUGUGCUCGGUGUGCGGGAACAGCUUCUCUAGAGCCAAAUAUCUGAAAGAGCAUCAGAAGGUCCAUACGGGAGAGAAACCCUACAAGUGCUCACAUUGUGACAAGAGCUUCAGUCAGUCAGGGAACCUGAAAAUACAUGAGAGAGUUCACACCGGAGGGAAGCCGCACCGCUGCCCGCCAUGUGGAAGGAGUUUCGUCACAUCCAGCGCUCUGCCAAAACACAACAUAAUUCACACUGGAGAAAAGCCGUAUACCUGCCGACAAUGUGGACAGAGUUUCAGUCAAAAGGGAAGCCUUAAAGUCCACAUUAGAAUUCACACUGGAGAAAAGCUUUACAUCUGUCAAGAGUGUGGAAAGAGUUUCAAUAGAAAAGGAAGACUUGAAAAUCACAUGAGAAUUCACACUGGAGAAAAACCCUUCACCUGCCAACAAUGUGGACAGAGUUUCAGUCAAAAGGGAAGCCUUACAGUCCACAUGAGAAUUCACACUGGUGAGAAGCCUUACACCUGCCAACAGUGUGGAAAGAGUUUCACACGUGAAGACAGCCUUAAAGUCCACAUGAGAAUUCACACUGGAGAGAAGCCUUACACCUGCCAACAGUGUGGACAGAGUUUCACACGUGAAGAAACCCUUAAAGUCCACAUGAGAAUUCAUACUGGAGAUAAACCUUUCACCUGCCAACAAUGUGGACAGAGUUUCAAACAUAAAGGAAGCCUUAAAGUCCACAUGAGAAUUCACACUGGAGAGAAGCCUUACACCUGCCAACAGUGUGGAAAGAGUUUCUCACGUGAAGAAAGCCUUAAAGACCACGUGAGAAUUCACACUGGAGAAAAGCCGUAUACCUGCCGACAAUGUGGACAGAGUUUCAGUCAAAAGGGAAGCCUUACAGUCCAUGUGAGAAUUCACACUGGAGAAAAGCCUUACACCUGCCAACAGUGUGGAAGGAGUUUCAGUCAAAAGGGAAGCUAUACAGGCCACAUGAAAAUUCACACUGGAGAAAAGCUUUACAUCUGUCAAGAGUGUGGAAAGAGUUUCAAUAGUAAAGGAACACUUGAAAUCCACAUGGGAAUUCACACCGGAGAGAAGCCUUUCACCUGCCAACAAUGUGGACAGAGUUUCAGUCAUAAAAGAAACCUUAAUGUCCACACGAGAAUUCACACUGGAGAGAAGCCUUACACUUGCCAACAGUGUGAAAAGAGUUUCAGACAUAAAGAAACCCUUAAAGGCCACAUGAGAGUUCAUACUGGAGAGAAACCCUUCACCUGCCAACAAUGUGGACAGAGUUUCAGUCAUAAAAGAAACCUUAAAGGCCACACGAGAGUUCACACUGGAGAGAAACCUUUCACCUGCCAACAAUGUGGAAAGAGUUUCACACAUAAAGGAAACCUUAAUGUCCACAUGAGAUUUCACACUUGAGAGAAGCCUUACACCUGCCAACAGUGUGGAAAGAGUUUAAUUCGAAAAGAAAGUCUUAAAGUCCACAUGAGAACUCACACUGGAGAAAAGCCUUAAGGCAGGAACACACCUGGUUUGCAAAGGCAUUUCAUCUUACACAGGCGCAGAAGGGACGUGCUACUUGUCCGUCGGCUGUCGAGCGUCGGUUUGGACUGAGGAUCAGAUGGACCGAGGAGCUCCGAUGCCGAGGAACUCCAAUGCCGAUUCAGGGCAACUCUGGACACAUAUGCCGACGUGAGCCAAACCUGCAGUCUGCUUUCGGCGCCACUAGUUUGUCGGUGUUGGCUUGGUGUGUUCCUGCCUUUACACCUGCAUUCUGUGCGAGAAUGGCUUCACAAUGGAACGAAGCCUUAGGGAACACAUGAAUAUUCACACUGAAGAGAAAUCAUUUACAUGUGAUCAGUGUGGAGUUUCAUAUUUAAAGGGGACCUUAAGGUCCACAUAAGGAUUCACUCGAAAGAGAACUGAAAACAAUUCUUGAAUAAAAGUACACAUACUUUACAACGAAAAUUACUCCAAGUUAAAAGUGACCAAUUUUAAGACAACCUGAGUUAAAGUCUUGGAGUAUCUGAUUUUAACUGUACUUAAGUAUUUUACUCAUACUGAAUUUAGGCUUGAAUAUGCACUAGUCUUCAACAAUAGUCCAGAAAUGCCAGUGAAAAUAAGAAAAAGUUGGCAAAGUGCAUGACAUUCUAGGGUAGUCCCUCCAUGUAAGCAUUAGUAUGUUUAAUGUACCUGGAACACUUUAAUAAGGUUGUGUAUAAAUUAACACUAUCCUGCAGACUAUAGUUAACAUGAACUAACAAUACUUUA